CUGCGCACAUAAGUGAUCAGGGCACAUCCACAAAUAUGACAUAAAUGGGUUGUUUUGGAUCUAACCUUUUAUUUGUCGUGCUUAUUUCUGUAACGAAAUUAUUGUCAUUGUUCAUUUCUUUUAGAUCUUUUAAAGCAACAGAUUCAAGGCUGCGGCAAACCCCAGAUUUUAACAGCUAAAAACACCUUGAAUCUAAGUGAAAACUAUGGCCUGAAAUGAUUGCAUAGGCAUUAAAGUGAUUAUUUCCAUAGGAGAGUGGCUCUUUAAACAUCUGUCGUGUGUUUUGUCCAGGUUGUGUAUGGACCCCUGAUCCACAAUGAGCACUCAAACUGCUAGUCUGGAAAACCUGAAGAUUCUGUAUCAAAGUGAUGAUUAUAUUGUUGUGGACAAGCACUGGGACAUCCGCAUAGACAGCAAAAUGUGGUAUGAGAAAGUUACAGUGCAGGCACAGCUGAGACAACAUUUCCCAGAGCUGGCGGACCCCAACACCUACUAUGGGUUUAGAUUCUGUCAUCAGUUGGACUUCUCCACCAGUGGUGCUCUAUGUGUGGCUCUAAAUAAGGCUGCUGCUGGUCAGGCCUACCGCUGCUUCAAAGACCGAACUGUUACUAAAGUCUAUAUAGCUCUGUUGCGGGGUUGGGUCGAGGCAGAAACUCAAACUUUGGACUUCUCCAUUGGCAAGAAUUCUUCAGAGGGCAAAACUCAUAUGAUGUGCAUUGAAGGAACAGAAGGUAGAAAUAUUUACAUGCAAACUAACAUUUUAUUAUGUUGUUGUAUUCCUUAUUUGAUCCUCAUGCACUCAGGUUGUGAAAACCCAAAGCCUUGUCAGACUGAGCUGACAGUGUUACAGUAUGGAUUUUAUGAUGGAGAUCCUGCCACUAAAGUGCUACUGAAGCCUCUGACAGGCCGGACACACCAGCUGAGGGUCCACUGCAGUGCCAUCGGGCAUCCCAUAGUGGGUGACUUUACCUACAGUCUUGGAUCAGAUGAUGGCCCAUACCGCAUGAUGCUGCACGCCUAUCUGCUGCGCAUACCUCUCAAACCUCUGCCGCUGCUCGUAUCGACCGAAGACCCCUUUACUCCCACUGUGGACUCCAAGUGGCACCCAGAGCGUUCUGUAAGAUCUCUGGAGGACAAUGUUGCGGCAGUGCUGGAUCGUAGACUUGAAGAGGAAAGAAUACUUGAAGAGGAGAAGAAAUGUGCCUUACAAGAGAGGAACAAAAAGGGUGUUUUGGGAAAACAGAAGGAUGAAGAGGGCGAGGAGCAGACAAGACAGUGUCAGGAGUGGCUUAGUGAGUGGGGAGGAGAAAUAUGAGGAUUAUAAGGUUAUUUAUUAUUGGUUUAUUUAUGGUCAGAACAGAGCAUGUCAAUAAACAUAACAACAUGAGAUACAUGCAUGUACAUAUGCCUGAUUGUAGCCAUGAGUCGCUCUCACAAACACACUCUAGUUCAUACACCAGUGGACUUCAACAGUGGAG